UCAUGAUCGGCCAGUCGAAGUUUUGAGCUCAACGCUUCAACAACAAAAUGAUUUCGUUGGACGGCUGUUGUUGGCUUCUUCUGGCAUUAGCCACAGUAAACGUUCAUGGGGAAAAAUGCUUAUUUUCGGCCGAUGACUUGACGAAAAUCAAAAGUAACGAAAUGGUGACCAUCAAGAGUAAAGACGUUAUGGUGUUUAUAAAGGACAAUCCCAAUGAGCUGGCCGUUUUGAAUUUUAUUACCAACAAUCGACAGCGCAUUCACAUCAACGACAAUUACAAAUUUUCAUUGGAACGAAUCAUCAAUUUCAAUGGCAUAGCAAACAUGGACUCUGCCACUAAAUUGAAUCAAUUGGUCCAUGAAAGUGAUGAACCUCACCAUGCCAUCAGUAAUGCGCAUAUCAGGCAACGUGUAGUCAAAAUAGGUGGUCGUGUGAUGUUAGUGCAUGGCAUUUAUGGGACAAUUGUGACAUGUUCUCAUCAGAUUCUCAGCACAAAUUGUGCUCUAAGUUCCGGCGGUCUAACCACAUCGCUAGUGCUAGCCAAAUUGGAACCAAUUGCGAUAGCGAAAUUAGCACCGAAAAUAGUGGCAAUGACGUCACGAAUUGGAACGGUAAUCGGUAAAUUUAUGCCAAAGGUUCAAUUCGCCAUUCGGUUGGUUGGCACGAAAGCGGCAAUAAAACUGCUGGAAGUGGGUGGAGCAGCAUUGGGUGGUGUGUUCGAUGUGUUCGACAUUGCCAUGAAUGCAAAGAUUCUGGUCGAUUGUAACACUAAUGGUGGUUGCAGCGAUCGCGAUGUUCGUGAUAGCAUUGUUUCGAUGUCAAUAAGCGGUGUUUCGUUUGUUGCUGGUAUUGCGUUUGCUGCUUUGGCCAUGCCCGGUGUUGGACUGGUUGUGAGUGCGGUGCUGAUGGUCGGUCAAUUGUUUUACACUGCCUUCAGCAACGUGUUCGAGUACAGAGACAAAUAUCAUCUGACAUUCGGCGAGAGCACAACUUACUUUUUCCGGUCGCUCGUGUUUCUCGGGCCGAACGAACAAGUUCAAAUGCUGGCCAAACGUACGGAGUACAUAAAAUUCAGCGCAAACCAGAUGUGGGAAACGUUGGACAAUUAUACGGACACGGUACGAGGUUUCGGUAUCGGUUUGGGUCACAUUUCGAUACACAAUAACGAUGUGACACCGUCACGAUCGGUCAUCGAUCUGACGAGCCAGGCUAGCAGAACUCUCGCACGUGUAAUACCGAGUUCGGUCAAUGAUAACGUGGAAAUGAUUUGUUUGCCCGACUUUAAGGGCGAAGAUUACGAAAAUGGUGUGAAGAGCUACCAUCAAAGUGCUGUUUAUUACUGUGACAAUGCGAUGGUGUUCAUUCACAAGGGUAGACCGAAGGCUGACACUGUCAUCUACAAUUUGCAGUAUGUUAAGAAUGGUGAGGUCAAAGGCAGUAACGAAUGGAACAACGUUUUUCAAAUCACCAAAGCGAAUGAAGCGGUGAAGCUGUACGGCGGCAGGACUGUGACCAACCACUUUAUUUUUGUCGAUUCACCUGUUUCCAAAUCAUUUCACUUUUCCGGUGGAGUGGAUGCGACAAAUUUAAUCGAUAUGACCAAUGUCGAGAGAACGCCCGAAAUUCUAUUCACUUACGGCAAAAAGACCUUCGCAAUGGUGCAGAUACCAGAAGGUGAUUCUCCUUCGAUACUGGUCGAUGUUUUCGAUCCAGCCGAAGACAAACGAAUCUAUCACUAUUUGGCUAAGUCCCAUUCACCGAAUGUCGUGAAAUGCUUGUCCGACUCCCCAUCCUUCGAUUUCCUGUUGCUGCAUACCGGCGGUGGAAAUCAGGACACACACGAUACUAUCAUUGACUGUCCGAGAGUCGUACUGUCACCGUUCACCACAUACAUGGCCAGUGAAAUGAGUCCGUCGAAAAUCAUUUUCGACGUUCAAACAAAGGGCUACAAGGGCGAAGAUCUUGUGUCCCAUAUCAACGUGGGAACGGGCGAAAUUCACUUGCUAUUCAAUCAAUUCGAAUUGACGAGCAGGGAUACAACCAUGUCAUACAAUCAUGCCGAACGAACGUUGACGAUUGCCGUGAAAUUCCAGUACACCAUGGAACAGGCCAACAAAUUUCAGAUACUCGUUCACGGCUACGAUCUGACUCAAUUGUCCUUCCGUCUGUUCAAUAGGAAUCAGCAUAUGAUCGUUCCUCGCAUUCCCGAAAUAGGUGACGACACUGAUCGAGCAGCGCCAAUCCCAUACGAAGUGUUUGCAAUGUGCUCGCAAGCGUCGUAUCGAAAUCUCAUUGCGAAUAAUGACGACGAAUGCAUUGCCCAGACGAUUUCACUGUACCAGGAUUUGCCACUGCUAAUCACAGUGCAGUUCAAUGACAGCCAACACCAUGACAGUCUGAUCGUUGGCUCACCACAUUCGGACGUUAUUCGUUUCACCGAUCAUAUUAAAUUCGGCAGUGGUCGGAAUGGUAACGACAUGUACUCGGUGAAGACGGACAUCGACAAUGCGCUGGUGAUAUUGAAUUAUGCCGAUGACAAUGCGUUAGACUUCGUUGCAAUGCAAACGGAAAUACCGCGAGCGUUAACCAGACGAAACAACAGCCUAGUGGUUGGCAACGUUGAGGUCCGAGACUUUUUCGUUUCAUUGCAGUACCAGCACAUCGUUUUCAUCGAUGGCGAUUUGAAGCAAUAUUUCCCGGUAACGUCGACAUACGAGAUGACACCAUUCUUGGGCGCAACGCUGCAGCAGAAUGCGUUUUUCCUUGACGCCUCGUUCAAUCAUUCGCACAUCGUGCUACAUAAUGGUAACGACGAUGCUGAUUAUGAAAUGUAUCGCGACAACGAUGACCUGCUGAUUCUACAACAACGAGCCGACAACAUUUCGUGUGUCAUAACAAUUGAUAAUUUUUACAUGGCGCCCGACAUUUGGUCGAAUGUUACAUGGAUGAUGUACUACACUAACGGAACAUUGGCGGAACGUUACGGAUUCAUUUUCGAUCGAUUUGCCGACAUCAUUGACUACAAAACGAAGUUGCAACAAGAUUACGGCGGAAUAUUUGCCGAGACUAGAUUCACGGCUGGAAUCUCAGUUUCUCUCAUGGGAAAUUUGGGUACGGGCAACGAGGACCCGGAUUCUGACGCUUUCCACAUCAACGUAAUUCGAAUCUAUGAAUCGAUUUCGGCGCAAAAUAUUGAAGUUAAGGAAGGGAAGGGUGGUAAUGGCAUGACUCAGUUAGUACUGACGGACAAACAAUCCGACGCACAAUUCCGAAUUAUGAACUGGGGUUUCAAACCGAACCGCAUUUCCAUCAUUGCACUACCAACGAAUGUCGAGCAUUUCGAACCGGUAACGGUUCGUGGUCUCAGUCGUUUCGACUCAAAUCAAGCAGUUGAAAUACAAUCGCUCGUGCAUCUCGCUGCCGAGAAUUACGAUCUAUUGCCAAGCACCACACCUCUGACCAUGGUUGGCGCCAAAUGUAUCAUUUCGAAUGCAACCCUCAGUGGUGGUGAGGUGGAUUCGUUUAAAUGUCUCGGUUUCCAGUCACUCGACGAGCAGGUGAAAUUCAUUAACAAAUAUUGUGUACCCGACACAUACGAUUCGUUCAAGACCGGUACAACGAUGAGCCAGAUCCGUACGACCGUUAAAUUUUUACGCAACAACAUUGUGCUGCAGCAUGUGUUCGAGAAUAGCGAAAAUGACACGUGCGAAGCAGUCCUGUUGAAAGUUUACGCAUCGGAUUUCGUUGUGAAUCCGGAUAAAUUGGACCUUUUCACUGCCAUUGGCGAUACCAAUAAAUUCAAAGAAAUGAUUGAAAGCGGAGCCGAUCCACGUCAACUAACCGACGAUCAGCUCCAUCGUAAUGUUCUACACAUGGCCGUUAUAUCCGAAAAUUUCGAAUUGAUAAAAUUCAUCGUCGAACGUCGGCUGGUUGACAUCAAUGCAUACGAUACGGAAGAUUUAUCAGCACUGCAUAUCGCUUUGAAUCGAUUUUAUUCGCGUUGCGGAACAGACAUCAUUGACAAGUCAUGUUUCAAUCGAUCGGAAGUCGUUAAUCUGUUGAACAUCGCCGACUAUCUUCUGUCGAAAUCAGCCACAGUGAAAACGCCACUCAAAGUUGCAACCAUUGUAGAUCUGAUAUGCAUUUACGUUUGCGACAAAUAUCCAAAUAUUCAAAGGUUUGGAGAUGGUUUCCACUGACGUGCGUGGUACAUGUACACGUACUCAAAGCAUCAUACUCGGUAAUAAAAAAGUUGUUAUUCGAAUAGAAA